UUCCUCAUCAAUUUUCCAAGUUACUCGUCAUCUCUGUCUAGUUUUGAGAUGUUUUUCUGGUCAAACCCUUCUGAAGUUGUUCUUGAACUAAUGGCCUCUCCUGUAAGUUGGUUCUCAUUGGAGGAAGUGAGUUCUUUGAACAAAUACUGGAGCUAUAGUUCUUACUGCCAUUUGCUUGGGGUUGCCUGCCACAUUUCAUUUGUUCGCCGGUCAUAUCUCUUUAGCUUGUCCUUUUUUUUUUUUUUAAUGAAAUGUGGGGGGUUUAACUGGUAUUUGCAAUGUAUUGAUUUUUGGCCUCUGUUGCAAAGCACAAAAUAGAUUUCAUUGUUUAGUAGUCCAAGAGAGAUUUUCCUGAAUUUCUAGCUCCAGAUAAUCGUGGCCCAUGUUUAUUCCUAAAGCUCAGUAGUUCCUUACACACACCCUUCAGUAGUUCCAGGAUCUUUCGCUAAGAGGAGUCAAAACAUAAAGAAGUAUACACAUGAAGCCAAGGGAUUCAACAUAUAGUUCUAUAUAUUAAAAAUUUACUUAUCUACACAGUGUAAUUUUCCAGCGAAAGAGUGUCAAUAAUUGAUAAAAGUGGGUCCGCCCUGCCACUAUCUUAAGAUACUAAUAAUAUCUCUCUGGGAACUUAUCUAGCUGGCUUUGUUUUGCUGAUUACGUCCUCAAUCAGUUGAUUUAUUUCUUUUUCAUUCUUGUUCUCCUCUUUGAGAUACCUGAUCAGCGUCUUCAUUUGUGUUGGUUAAUAUCAUAUUCGUCUUCUAACUUCUUCAUCUUAUUCCUACUUUAGUAUAACUUGAAAAGUUGAUAUUUUUGUUGUGGUUUCACUUCCAAGAGAGUGUCAAAGAUCGAGCAGGUUUUUCUUGUAUGGUUGUAAGUCAGCAACAAAUUAUGAAAGAGAAGAGUGAGAUCGCGAAAGAUGUCACAGAACUUAUCGGAAACACCCCUAUGGUAUAUCUCAACAAAAUCGUCGAAGGUUGUGAUGCCCAAAUUGCAGCCAAAUUGGAGUCAAUGGGACCUUGCUCAAGUGUCAAAGACAGGAUGGCAUACAGUUUGAUCAAAGAUGCAGAAGAUAAGGGCCUAAUUACCCCUGGAAAGACUGUACUCCUUGAGGUAACUGGUGGUAAUACCGGCAUUGGUCUUGCAUUUAUUGCUGCAGCUCGUGGCUACAAACUCGUGACAGUAAUGCCAGCAUCAUAUAGUCUUGAGAGGAGGAUUGUUCUUAAAGCUUUGGGGGCUGAGCUAUACAUCACAGAUCCAGCCAUAGGUAUAGAUGGUGUGAUUAAGAAGGCCGAAGAGAUACUAGAUAGGACGCCAAACUGUCAUUUUUUGCGUCAGUUCGAGAAUCCUGCCAAUCCAAAGAUCCAUUAUGAAACAACUGGACCAGAAAUAUGGGAGUGCACAGGAGGAAAAGUUGAUAUUUUUAUUGCCGGGAUUGGGACAGGAGGUACAGUGACGGGAGCAGGAAGGUUCCUUAAGGAGAAGAAUCCAGAAAUAAAGGUAUAUGGAAUAGAACCAGCCGAAAAUGCAAUUAUAAAUGGAGGACAACUAGGGCCGCAUAACAUCCAAGGAAUUGGUGCUGGUUUUAUCGCACCCGUUCUUGAUCUCAGCAUCCUGGAUGAAGUUCUUCAAGUAUCUAGUGAUGACGCUAUUGAAAUGACAAAGCUUCUUGCAUUGAAAGAAGGUCUGCUGGUAGGACUAUCAUCAGGGGCUGCAGCUGCUGCGGCAGUAAAAGUAGCAAAAAAGCCAGAAAAUGCUGGGAAACUUAUUGCGGUCAUCUUCGCUAGUGCUGGGGAGCGUUAUCUUUCCACCGUGCUAUUUGAUUCUAUUCGAGAAGAGGUGGCAAAAAUGACUUUUGAGUAACUUUAUGCUUUUUUGGACUGAGAGAGAGAAACGUUAUUUGUUGUAACUUGAGGUAGAAUAGGGAAGACGACUGAAGUGUAACCUCCUAAAUGGGUGAACUAUUGUUCACAAAUACAAACAUUCUUACAUUUGAAUGAUACAAAGAGUUGUUACCUCUGUUGUGCUAA